ACUCCAUAUCACACUGAUGCUGAUAUAUAGAGUACAAUUGUGCUGCUUGAGUUUGGUGCAAAGCAGUGUGCAAUAAUACUCAUAUCCCUAGUGCUUCUAAUUUCCCUACAUUUCUAAUUCAAACCUAAAGGAGAUCAAGAUGGAGAAUACCAGCAAAAUCUUUGACGUCAUCGUGAUCGGAGCAGGGGUUAUGGGAAGUUCAACGGCUUACCAGACCGCCAUGCGCGGACUAAACACCCUCCUACUCGACCAGUUUGACUUCUUGCACCAUCGUGGCUCGUCCCACGGUGAAUCAAGAACAAUCCGAGCAACCUAUCCUGAAGACUACUAUUCCAACAUGGUCUUAGAGUCCUCGCGUCUUUGGGAAAAAGCUGAAGCUGAUAUAGGAUACAAGGUCUAUUUCAAGACCAUCCACUUCGACAUGGGACCGUCUGAUGACAAAUCCCUGAGAGCUGUAAUCAGCAGUUGCAAGAAAAACUCGAUCCCAGUUCGGGUUCUUAACCAUCAUCAAGUAUACGAAGAAUUCUCGGGUAUGCUCGAGCUACAAAGGGACUGGAUUGGGGUGGUGACAGAGCAUGGCGGUGUAAUUAAGCCAACUAAGGCUGUGGCCAUGUUUCAGACACUUGCAGUUAAAAAUGGUGCAAUGCUUAGAGACAAUAUGGAAGUGAUUGAAAUUAAGAAAGAUGAAGUGAGAGGAGGGCUGUUGGUUUGUACGAAGAGUGGUGAGAAUUUCUGGGGUAAAAAAUGUGUUGUAACUGUAGGGGCGUGGAUGAAAAGUUUGGUUAAAAAGGUUACAGGAUUGGUUCUUCCUACGCAGCCAUUGGAAACCACUGUCCACUAUUGGAAGAUCAACGAAGGGCACGAGGCCAAAUUCACUCUUAAAACUGGUUUCCCAACAUUCGCGAGCCAUGGCAAGACACAUAUAUAUGGCACACCAUCAUUGGAGUUUCCAGGAUUGAUUAAAAUCUCGGUGGACGGCGGCCGCCCAUGUGAGCCUAAUGAGCGGACAUGGGCUGCACCACCUUCGGUGGCGGAUUCUCUGAGGCGAUGGAUAGGAGGAAGAUUUGGAAACCUCAUAGAUCCCAACGGGCCUGUGAUGACACAGUCUUGUAUGUAUACGAUGACACCUGAUGCGGAUUUUGUGAUUGACUUUGUUGGUGGGGACUUUGGGAAGGAUUUGGUGGUUGGUGGAGGGUUUUCAGGGCAUGGCUUCAAGAUGGCUCCAGUAGUUGGAAGGAUACUGGCUGAUCUUGUGACUGUUGGAGAGGCAAAAGGUGUGGACCUCAAUUACUUUAGCAUAGAAAGAUUCAAGGGAAAUCCUGCAGGAAAUGUUAAGGAUUUUAAAGAUGAAGUCAAUCCCCAUUAGCUGAUUUUCUCAAGUCAAUGUUCUCUCCCCCUUCCCUCCCUCCCUUUAGCAUGUCCCUUUCUUGAUCAAUGUUAAUUCAUAAACCUGUAACUAUGGCAAGGAUAUAUUGGAUGCAGCAAGAAGUUAUGAAAGUUGUGAUAAAUUUAAAUGUAAUUAGAAUGUAGCAAGACGGUUCCAAAGGGAAGAAAAUCAUUUACACAAUUUCCA